CCCGCAGGCUCUGCAUUUCUUGGUGACUUCUGCACCAGCUCUUCUCCAGGAGCCAAGCUUUUGGAUUUAAGGUAGUUUGCCCAGGACCAGACUUUGCUAUGUUGGCCAAGACAGUGCUUUCUCUUGGUCUGUGGCUGCAGUUUGCUGCGGGACAGAACACACCUGAGAGAGGUCCCCAGCCGUCUAUUUCCAAUUCAGAGGGGGACCUCCUCUUCUUGCUGGACAGCUCUGGCAGCGUCUCCUACUAUGAGUUUUCCAGGGUCAAGGAAUUCAUGUGGGACCUUGUGCAACCUUUCACCUUCGGCCCCAAAGAUGUCCAGACCAGCAUCAUCCACAUCAGCACUACGCCCACCAUGGAGUUCCCUUUUGACCGGUACCUGUCCAGUGGGACUCUGCAACAAGCCAUCCGGGACACUCAGCAGCUCAUGGGCGACACUAACACAGGCAAAGCGCUCUCCUAUGCCAAGGAGAAGUUCUUCAGUGAUGAAGCUGGUGCCCGACCAGAUGUGCCCAAGGUACUGGUUUGGGUGACAGAUGGUUUCUCCACUGAUGACAUCUCUGAACCCAUGCAGCUCCUGAAGGACAUGGGAGUAACAGUCUUCAUUGUCAGCACUGGACGGGGAAAUUACCUAGAACUCUCUGCUGCUGCCAGCCAGCCUCCUGAGAAGCACCUGCACUUUGUGGAUGUUGAUGAUCUACCCAUCAUCACAAAGGAGCUUCGAGAUGCUAUCCUAGAUGUUAUCCAAGCAAAUCGGCUCCAUGCAGUAGAUAUCACCUCAAGCAGCUUCCGACUGAUGUGGCCCAAACUCCUCUCCGAAGAAACUGGCUACUACACCCUAGAGUAUGCCCCAAUAGAUGAUCUAGCAAGGAAGAGGACAAAGCAAGUGUCUGGGGCUCAUACUAGCCUCAUGCUAAGCAACCUUGCACCGGAAACUACUUAUGAGGUGGCACUCAUUCCUGAAUCCAACGUCCACUACUUCCCUCCCCAGACAACAAGGGUUACCACACUGGCAGAGGAAAUAAGCCCAGCUCAGGUUCUCAUCUCAGAGUCUGGGCCACACAGCUUCCAUGUUAGCUGGGCUCCUACACUGGACAGUGUGAUCGGCUAUCAGAUCCUGUAUGGACCACUCCCUGGGAACUCAGUGAAGCUGCUGGAGGUGGAUGGCAAGCACAAUAGCACUGUGGUGGAGAAUCUGGCACCCAAUACAACCUAUCUAGUGACAGUGACUGCAAUCUACAAAUCGGGAAAGGAGAAAUCCCUGUCAGCUAAAGCAUGCACUCAGGAAGAGGGCUCCAGAGUGAGGCACCUUCGCUUUGAAGACAUGGGCCCCAACACCCUGAAAGCCUCCUGGGACUCUGCCGAUGGAAAAGUCCUUGGUUACAGGGUCAGAUGCCGGCGGCAAACUGGCCCUUCAUCUGUCAUUAGCGUUUCGCCACAGAUCCACAGCGUGCUCCUCACAGACCUGGCUUCAGGCACCACUAACAAAGUGUGUGUGAAGCCCAUGUACAAGAACCAGCCAGGCAAAGGGCUAUGCCGCAUGGUGCACAUGCAGCCAGCUACAGAGACCCAAGGAUAUAAGCACAGACAGAGAGCAUGACAGACUCUGGAGUGAACUGAUUCCUGGCAGGGCAAGGAAUCUUGCUUGGACAAAGACUUGGACAAAAAGGAGGGGUCAGGGGCGGAAACUGGAAAGCUCACAGACCACCUCCCAGCCCGCACUGUCUGUUGAGGUGUCCUGGUUGUCAAGCCUAAAGGCUGUCCUCAGCCAAGUUCUCACAAAGCUUAAAGGUUUAGCUCGGCUGGAUGGAACAACCAAUCCAACUAAUAGAUCCCAAAUCUGUACCCUCUUUUAUAUAAAUAUGCCUGACAAAUAACAAACAAAAGGCAAAGUGAUGAAUCCUCACUGUUGCUUGCUUACUGCCUGUUCUCUAUUUAUUAAAUAUUGUUACAGUUUUAUUUUUGCAGCUUAUGAGCGUUCAAGACUCGGCUGUUUACUGCCCUGGCCUUUCAUUCUGGGCACCUGCACUCAGAGAAAGAUUACAUGCGGCCAAAUCCAUUCCUGCUGUCAACAGCCAUUGAAACUAACCCACUUGACAAAAAGCAGCUUUCCUCCAACUCAGCCAGUGUACACAACAGGUAGUUCAAAUUAGGCAUCCCAAAAGUAUAGCAUCUCAGGGAUGGAAGGGAAAAGCAUUAGGAGAAAGAAGAAUAACAUAAUACAAAAAUGUACAGUAUGCAGAGGAGAUCAGGUCAAAGCCACCAGGAUUUCUGAGAAGAGGAAGAAAAGAGGUUGUUAACCCACUUGGCCUUUGGCCAGGACGUGGAGACACUUUAUAAAAGACAUGCUGCCUUUUAAAAAGUGCAAGGACAGUUUAGUGUUCUCAGAUGGUCUUUGGUUUAUGGCAGAGCUUGGUCGGUGAACUGUGAGAAAUGGAACGAUAGGGCCAUGCCACGCCAGGGCUGAUGAGCACUGUCGGAGUGCUCUAGCAGAAAAGUUUGCUCACUGUCUGCCUGCUGAAUUCUUGAGUCUCAUCAACACUGUUCCACUCUCCCUCUGGCACUGGUAUUAAAUUCAUCUGCUGCAAUGACAUACAGAUCCCAGAUGGACUUGAAGGGUUCGGUUCCCCCCAAGUCAUUUGCCUUGGGAUUUGGUAUCAGUCUGAGAGCAGGAAACUCAAAAACUUGGGAAUUUGCUUCUCCAGCAGGUUACUCUGCUCUAGAGCUCUCAGCCCUCAGCUGAGCUCAAGGAGCAGCAGCGAGUCAAGAAAAGCUAGAAAGCAAGACCGUCUAAAGCAGUUAUUUCUGUUUCUCAUUCAAAUAUGCACCUUCAAACAACAGUGCAGUACUGCCUGGAUCGUGACCACUGAAUUACUGUGACAUACCUCCAAUCAGUUUCACCAAAUUGGAUGUGAGUUCUGCUAUCAGAGCCGCUAUAUGGAGAUUAAUUAGCCUGUUCUGUGACCACUUAUGGACAGUAAGUCUCCAGCACUAUCAUUCCAGGCUCUAUCCUCUGCGCUCUGAAAACACCUAUCACAUCUUAGUGUCUUGUCCUGGGCUUCCACCCAGUGCUAAGUUUGAGCUACACUUAAAAAUCAGGUUUUUAGGGGAGAAGAGUAAAUCUGAUUCCUUCCCUUUGGCCCCAGGCUUGAAUUUGCUGUUGCUAAGCUACUCUUUGGAAAGAGGAGCUGGGGAAAAAAAAAAAAAAAAAAGACAAUUUUAAUACCUAGUGACAAAGCCACUGGAGCAGCAUGGUUCCAAAAUUCAGGGCUUAGGGCUGUAAAGAAAUGUAUAUACUUUUCUGGUAACAAAAACCAGCAUCAGUGGGAACACCUUCCCUCAGUAACGCUUGCUCUGUUUUAAAUUUAUUACUUAUUUGUCCUACAUGUGGAACUUUAUUUUAAAGCUAUGCUGUAUGUUGGAGAGCCCCCAUGCAGUGUCGCUCCAUCCUGCAAACCCUCCAUUAGCUCUGCUUAUGGACUUCUUAAAACAGCUUCUUUCAGAGCUGAGAGGAACUUUGCCACUGACCUUGUCUCCUGAGUGCUGAAUUCGUCGUAUCUAGGUUUAUGGAGCAUUUGCCUUGGGCUGUCUUCUUGUACAGGAAGAAGGGAUAGGAGGUAGGUGAGUCAUUAACUCAAUAAGAAGAUUUCAUACAAUUUGUGUUCUCCUUUGGAAUGUGCAUUUGUGACUGAUUAAUGUUAAUGGAGACUCUGUGCUGAGGGGAAGAUAAAGCCUCUGGAAUCACUCAUGCAAUAAGAUAAUCUUGUUCAUUCUUGCUGUAGGACAGAAAUUAAUUUUGCACAACUCCCUGCAUAGUUUACUAAUAGAUUAAUGUGUCAUCCUCCCCCAAUUGUAAUGCAUCCUUUUGAAGGCAAUUAAAUAUACAAUACAAGA